GCGAGUACGAGUGCCGGGAGCGACAAGGAGAAAAACGAGGAAAGCUCGGAGGGAGGUGCACGACUUGGCGACCUGAACAAGGCCUCGCCCACUAUUGCAGUUUCUCUUCGGCGUUUCGGGGUGCCUUCUCUUCGGCGUCUCGAGCUGGACGAAGAGAAAGAGGAAAGCUUGGUGGGAGCUGCACGAUGCGGCGACCUGAACAAGGUGAAGGAGCUCUUCGCCAUCAAUUGCGACCCCGAAUCCCUUUCCAAUGCCAGGGUGAGUGGUCAAGAGACCUUUGCAAACAGAGCACUGGCUGACGAUAGCUCGUGGACCAGGCCCCUCAUUGCGGCUGCUGUCUCAGGGCACAGCCAUGUUGCUUGGGAGCUCUUGCGGUGGAGAGCUGAUGUGAAUGCCGCAGAUUCCGAUGGACUGACAGCCCUCUCGGCAGCUUUCUGUUCGCCGGAUUGCGACAUCCACAUGUGGUUCCUUCUGCAUCACGCAGCGGAUCAGAAGCGAAAGAAGCUUGAUCAGAGGUCGGAUGCUCAAGAAGUAGGCAACCGGGAUGAUGAGAACGAGAGCACGCAAGCAGACGUCGGGGAAAAGCAGACAGAGCAGAAGCGAACUCAGAGUUCGGACGCUCAAGAAGGAAUCCGGGAGGAUGAGAAGCGGGCCUUGCACAUGCACUCGAACGCUCAAACAGACAUCCGGAAGGAUGAGUUCUUGCACAUGUUCUUGAACGUGAACACAAAUGCUUGCAUUGCAGACAUCCGGGCGGAUGAGAAGCGGACCCAGCGCAUGCUUGUUACACUGCUGCGUGGAGAGGGGCAGAUCUUCACGAAAAUGGUUGACGGCUUGCUGAAAGAGGUUGAACCAGGCUGCUACCGCUCCGAGAGAUUGAAGGAGCGGAUGCGCACAGUCCUGUGCGACUAUGCAUGGGACAGGCAGCGGGUGCACAGUUUUCUAGAGGAUCAGAAGAGGUCCGUUCCUCGCAAGUCCGUGUAUGCCUUCGCAGACGAUCGUGCUAAGAAGCCCGAAGAUGUCGAUGCAUUCAACUUGAGCUCGCACAACAUGCUCUAUGCCCCGGAAGUACAAGUGUCGUUGCGAAGCCUGCCAAUCGCGGCACCUCUGGCAUGCAAGCCAGCGGUUCUUGCGGCACUGGCAGAGACCGCCAACGAGGAGACUCUACAAACAGAGGCUGUGGAAGCCAUCACGGCCGCAGCGUGGCUCCAGAUGCGAGUGGCCACCGCAGCGGACAAUUUCUUGAACUGCCUGUCGUUGGGAUGCCUGUGUUUGGUAACUUGGGCGUGUCGCAAAGGAGACAUGGAUGCCCAGCCUGCACUCUGGGUCCUGGCGGUGAUUCAGUUCAAAGAGACUGUGGAGUUGCUCUGGCAGCUUGGGCUCUACGUCUAUUGCCGGGUUCGAUCCUACUGGAGGCACGAGGACGCACAAGGGUAUGUGGAUCGGGUGAACGGAGAGGACAUGAAGCUGCUGGGUGAUGCAGAUGUCUCCUUUGUUCAGCCUGCGCCCAGCUUGGAAACUCUCGUUGAUCUCUUCUUUGUGGUAGCCGGCUACUUUGCAAUCUAUGGCCAGAUGGAUCACUGUAUCAAUCAAGAGUUGGAGCCGAUCUUCUUGCCGGGAUUUUGCUCGAUGUACUGGCUCCGACUCAUGUACAGCCUUCGUGGAGAGCGGUGGCUGGGGCCAUACCUUUUACCCAUUCUAUCAGCCGUUCGAGACACCGGGGCAUUCUUCUUCGUCACCUCCCUCUGUGUCGCAAGUGCGACCCAUGCCUACGUGAUCAUGAAUCCCCGAGGUUUAGCUGACGACGAGCACCCCAUAUACUCUUCGUUCCUGCACACGGUUCGAUUGGCCAUCUUCGGGGACUUUGACCUGUUUGAGUACCAGGGCCAAGACACCACCUUUCAGCUUGUGGAAGGCUUUUGGGAGCCGAACGACCCCAGCCCGAAAAAGGUCCUGGAGGGAGAGGACCCGGACAGUCCCUACAAGCCUUACGGUCCCUACCUGCCUUACAUCUACCUGCAGCUGUGCUUCUUUGGCACGGGGAUUGGCAUUACCGUGCUGCUCAUGAACCUGCUGAUUGCUAUCCUAAGCCAGAACUACGAGAUGCAACAGGGCCGGGCACAGGGGCUCUUUGUUCAGGCGCGUGCGCGUAUGCUGCUGGAGGUGCAUCGCAGGCCUUGGAUGAUGGUGGGCACUUGGCUGGGUCGCAAGCUCUUGGCGCCCGACACCGACAAGCCUCCGGACGGUUACCGAACCAGUUUGAAGUUGGCAGAGAUCGCGCUGAGCCCUCUCAAAAUAAUUCUGGAGCCUUUCGUUGCGGGGGCGUAUUACCAGAAGAAUAUCUUCAAACGAUUCAUUCAGCGUGCUCUGUGGAGCCCUGUCGCGAACUCGAAGUAUAACUUCUUGGGGUACUUCUUGGCCAUUGGCAUCCCCGUAGUGUUUGUGGUGCUGCUGGCCGGGUCUCUGGUGAGCCUGGUGGCUUUUACGUUCAUCAUCCUGGGGCUUCUAGCCGUGGGGUUUCGACUCACAGGCGUUCGCUACACGCUCAACCUCAGCCUGUUCGGCCUCUUUGGUGAUCGCUUUGCCGAGGAGUGUGAGAUUUUUGCGCUGGUCCGGACGGAAACCGCUUUGGAUGAUUUUCGAAGCAUGCGCAGCGACCUAAAGGACAAGAUGCAAAAUCUGGAAGGGAAGUUGAAGGAGCAGCACGAGGAGCAGAAGGAGAAGAUCCGAAGCCUUGAAGAGAAGAUGAAGGCGAGGAUGAAUAACGUGGACGACAAGAUCGACCGCGUGCUUCAGAACCUAUCAAAG